GUCUCCCCGCCCUAACAGCCAACACCAAGAAAUUAAACGUCUACUCAAGCUCGUGGUUACAAGUAGCACUCGUCCCUCCCCAUCCCAUCCUCCUUCCUCCGAAGCUAACUUCUCUCUCCAGCCAGACCAGGACACCCACCAUCUUUCUCCCCUCCGGCUAUUCCUCCGCGACCCCCGUAAUCGCCGUAUCAGUAGGUCGCGCACCAACCUGCCUGGAGGAGGAGGAAGGAGCAGGAGGAGAUGGCGAGCAGCGUAAGAGGAGGAGGAGGAGGGGAUGCAGGGGAAGGGGAGUGGCUCAAGGUCGCCGAGCUCAAGGCCAUGGCGGGAGCCCAGGACCCACAUGUCAAGGAGGUUGACAACCUGACACUUCGGAGGUUCCUGCGCGCGCGCGACCAGAACGUGGGCAAGGCGUCGACGAUGCUGCUCAAGUUCGUGGCGUGGAGGAGGGAGGCCGUGCCGGACGGCGCCAUUCCGGCGGAGCAGGUGCGGUCGGACAUCGCCGACCAGAAGGUCUCCAUGGCCGGCGUCGACCGCACCGGCCGCCCCGUCAUGCUCGCCUUCCCCGCCAGGCACUACUCAGCCAAUCGUGACAUGGCCACCUUCAAGCGAUUUGUUGUGUAUCUGCUCGACAGCAUCUGUGCCAGGAUCCCUCGAGGGCAGGAGAAGUUUCUGUGCAUCGUGGAUCUGAAGGGGUGGGGGUACGCCAACUGCGACGUGCGGGCGUACAUUGCGGCCAUUGAGAUCAUGCAGAACUACUACCCAGAGCGGCUGGGCAAGGCGCUCAUGAUCCACGUUCCUUACCUCUUCAUGAAGGCCUGGAAUAUGGUGCAGCCCUUCAUCGACGCCAACACCAAGGACAAGUUCGUGUUCAUCGACGACAAGAACCUGGAGGAGACGCUGAAGCGGGAGCUGGAGGAGAGCCAGGUCCCAGAGAUGUACAGCGGGAAGCUGACUCCUGUUCCCCUGAGUUAAGAUGAACAUCCCUGCACGGAAGGGGUUCCCAAGAGGGACAUCGAUUGACCUCUGAUUUGGUAUAGUUGUGAAAAAAUUCAGGGGUAUCGACCGAUCUCAUGCCAGCCACGGUCUGUUCGCGGAGACUUGGUUCCUGUGUGGCCUUCUUGUCGGACUUCUUCUUGUGGAUCGUGACCCUUUUUAGACUUUCUUAGCCAUGUACAAUGCAAGAUGAUUGGAGAUGUAUUUAGAAACACUAACAAAUAACCCAUGUGUUGCUAUGAAACUAAUUCAAAUUGCUAAGAUUAUUUAAA